GCCGCCCGUCUCCUGCCGGAGAAAAGGCUUCCCUAUCCGCGAGUGAACUCCGGAAAUUCACCCUUCCACCCGGAAAUGUUUGUUGACGAACAUGGCGCUGUUGUGGCGAGUCCUUAAAGUCCAAAGUGGUGUAACUCAGUGGGUAACAGCAUGCAGCCAAUUGACACCUUUACUUCUUUCUCAAAGACAGUGGCUCCAGACAUCCUCUGGCAUUUUUCAGUGGUCCCAGAAGAGCCUUUCCCAAGUGGAUGGUGGAUCAGAACAGAUCACUGGAGUAAGCCCAUGGCCAAAUAGGACAUAUCACACAACAGUCCAGCUUCUAAAGUCUAAGGACUCCUCAAAACCCAUUGAAGAGAAGGUUGGUGCCCUCACAAAGAUAAUAGAAGCUAUGGGAUUCACAGGACCAUUGAAAUACAGUAGAUGGAAGAUUAAGAUUGCUGCUCUGCGCAUGUACACUAGCUGUGUGGAGAAAACCGACUUCGAGGAAUUCUUUCUAAGAUGCCAGAUGCCUGAUACAUUCAACUCUUGGUUUCUUAUUACUCUACUUCAUGUCUGGAUGUGUCUUGUCCGGAUGAAGCAGGAAGGCCGUUCAGGGAACUACAUGUGUCGCAUCAUAGUUCAUUUUAUGUGGGAGGACGUUGAGCAGCGUGGCAGAGUCAUGGGGGUAAAUUCCUAUAUCCUGAAGAAGAAUAUGCUAAUCAUGACAAAUAGUUUCUAUGCAGGAAUCUUGGGAUAUGAUGAGGGCAUCCUGUCAGAUGAUCAUGGGCUGGCUGCUGCUAUCUGGAGGACCUUUUUUAACCAGAAAUGUGAAGAUCCCCGACAAUUGGAGCUACUGGUAGAGUAUGUGAGGAAGCAGAUGCAAUACCUGGAUUCCAUGAACGGGGAAGAACUUCUCUUAACUGGAGAAGUGACUUGGCGCCCUCUCGUGGAGAAAAAUCCCCAAAGCGUUCUGAAGCCCAAUUUGCCAACAUACAAUGACGAAGGCCUCUGAAGGCCCCCACCAAGCUAUGGAGCAGCUGCCCUUGAGGAGAAGCUAGGAACAAGGUACCUGCCGCCCCUGGACCCAGCAGGAAGAAGCCGGAUUAACCAUUGAACAACAUCUGUAAAACACCUGGCCCCUGUUUGUAUUGAUUUCCCUUUUAAUGUGCCCAGAAGUUGGCCUGGGGGGUACUGGGUGGGGCCACUAUGCAGCAGGGUACUGGGAGACAUGCAAGCUAUCCCAAGGAACUCACAGGGAAAGAGCUUUCUUCUCCAAGAAAUUCUGCAGGGACCCCCUUCCCCAGACAGCUAUAUGUGUAUGCUUUCCCCAGAGCUCUUGGGGGGAGGUUUAAAAAAAAAAAAAAAAAAAAAAAAAAAAGGAGAAGGCAGCCCCAGACCUUCUCUACCCCUGGAACUCUUUGCAAUGCUACUGAGAACAGAUGGGUUGGGAUGCAUCUAUCCCUCCACAUGAAGCAUAGCGUUGAGUUGGGAAUUAAAAGAAAUAGAGAAUUAUCUCUGCUUUUUCUUUUAUUUUGGAGGUGUUUCUGAAAGUCAUUUGAAAUGGGAUUAGCAUAAGCUGUGGGCCCCCACCUCAGAGAAAGUGGUUGGUAAGGAGUCUCCUAGGAGUCCCCAUUCAUUGACUCCUAAAGUGGACCCCCUCUUUUUGGAAAUGCUCUAGUCAGUUUGAGUCAUCUAGGCUCGAGGGGCUACUCACCUCCCAGCUCCGACAGGGACUUCAGCUCAUAACAAGGACAACAUGCUCUUCUCUUGGAGUCCACCUUGAUGCACCAGAUGGGGAACAUGAUCUCAUCUUUUCUUUCUGGGUCCCUUCUUUAGGAGGAUUUGGCUAGAGAAGGAGGGAUUCCUCCUUUCUUUGGCAGUGAGAUAGAGCCUAGGGCCCAGUCUCUUUAUAUUCCUGAAUUAACUUGUCCUGCCUAAAUUCAGAGUGACCCCAUCACCAGGCUUUUGGAUUUGGGGACCUGAGCCCUCUCUCUCUGGAUGUAGCCACCUCCCCAAGGUAUUUUCUUUGGAUUGGGGAAAAAAAAAAGUGGUAUUGUUCAUUUUUUUUCCCCCAAAGCAAACUUCCUCCAUUUGACUUGUUAUAAAAUGAGUCAUAUAAAGAAACUCUAUAUGUGUGAGGUAUAUAUCCCACUUCUGUGAAAACAUUACAAACCAAACAGCCUUCUCUCAGUUUAUUUAAGAUGCUUUUGUUGCAAGUCGAGCUCUAGAGAGAAGCCUCCUGUGUGUGUGAGAUAAUAACACCUUGUAACUCAUUACAGCUGGGCAAUAUUCACAUAAACCAGGGCUAAGCAAGGCAGGAAUUUGCUGAUUAAUUUAUUUUUAAUGGAGUGAAGUAUACCAAAAUAAACUUUACUGUGUGUACCUAA